GUAUCUUUUGAGCUUCUGUCGUGCCGAAGCCGCAGUCGCGUUUCAACAUUUGCGAAAACACCGCGUACGAAGCGCUUGCAAGAGAAUUCCAAAGCUAAAUAUAAACUCUGAUUAAACUACUAUAGUUUGUAAACACAUCGGAUUAAUUCAAGUUCAACCAAAAUGUACACGAGAUUAGAUUGCGACUGAAAUUAGUCACGAACUGCCAGUGAAGUGUGAAAGAAAAGCAAUUGUGUGUUAUAUUAAAAGACACUUAAAGCCUGCAUACAAGAUGUCACGUGGGUCACACUCGUCGGACACUCUGCAUUGUUGCUGUUGUAAGUUGUUGUUGCUCUUAUGGGCUGCUUCUGCAUUGCGCGCUACGCUGGCGGGUCCGUCUUAUCGCUCUUACGGCCAGUGCACUGAUGCCGAAACCGGUCGCGAGCUCUACAUCGGCGAGUCCUUUACACGCCCGGGCCAGUGUAUACGCGUGCAGUGCUUGGGCACACUGCAGUUAUGGGAAGAUGGCUGUGAAGUACCCAAAUUAGAGGGUAAUUGCAGUGCCGUGCCGCCAGGCAAUGAAUUUCUCAACUAUCCACAUUGUUGUCCACUGUUUGUCUGCAGAAAGAUUGCCGUCAGCGAAAAGGAUCGGCGAGAAGAAAUACGCACAUACAAUCAGUAUGGCACUAUGAUUAAACAGGACAUACAGCAAAUUUUCAGUGUAGGCCCAGUCAAGGGAAAUGUGCCAGGCGCUGGUGUAAUUACACAAUUUGAAAUUUAAGUGCGAAAACUAUUUGGGAAUACUUUGAAUUGUGAAUUUUCAAGCGUUGCAUUUGACGAUUACAAUAUGAAAUUAUUAAUAAAUGAAAAAGAAGGCACCGAAGGAUUAUAAAAAGUGA